AUGUCGUCCAGCUCAUCCUACGGCUCCUACACCCAGGACAAGGGUGCCUAUGCGGCCCGUCCUUCAACAUCAUCUACCUCCUACUCCACCGCUUCAUCAUCGAGUCUCUACACGAACUCAUCACGCAGGCACGGCUACAAUAGCAAACCACCAGUCAUCCACAACGGCGGCGGUCAGUCGAAUGACCCCAACACGUCGACGUCGGCACCGAACUCUGGCUACUACAACUAG